AUGUGGCAAAAGUUGGAUGCUACUCAGAAAGCAGAGCAUGAAUCUAAAACACCUUCAACGAACGCCUCGAACAAGACUUGUUUGAAGAUAGCCACACGAUGCAGUCCGAAGGAUAUAAAGGACACUAUAAAUGUUUUAAGCGAUGAAAAAAAAGCAGCCAUUAAAGAAAUGGGAUUUGUUUCGUUGUUGGGAAUGAAGUGCGGAAAACUAUCUCAUUCAAUGUGUUGUUUUUUGGUUGAUAAAUUGAAUCAUGCUGAAUCAUCAAUCGUGCUACACGGGAAAACACUUAAGAUAUCUGUGGAUGACUUUGUUCGCAUAAUGGGUGUUAAGGAUGGAGGAGAGGAAGUUGACUUCACCGGAUCCAUGGAUGACCAACACAUUGUAAAGGUGCGAAAUUCUUUUUUGGGUGGGAAGAAGCUUUUAAAAAAUAAUGAGUUGAAGCAGAUAAUGGUGGGGAUAGAUGAAGCAGGUGACUUUUUCAAAGUUGGUUUUGUCAUGUUUUCUCUAUGCACAUUGCUAUGUCCAACCACUUCCGUGUAUGUGAAUCUAAAAUAUCUACUUCCGUUAAGAGAUAGCAAGGCAAUAGCAAGGAAAAAUUGGGCAAGUUAUUCAUUCAAAUUUUUAUUAGAUAGUGUUAGGUCAUUGAAGGAGAACAAUCAAGUUUACAUCGGUGGUUGCUUGUUAUUCCAUCAAUUGUUUUACCUUGAUGCUAUAGCUCAUGGUAGCGUACUUGUGGAUAUAGUUGUUAUGAAAACUGAAUAUGGAGGUCUCGGAGAUGAUGCCAAAACAAUGACUCACUUUGCCAAAGAGUUAAGUUCAAUAAGAAAGGAUGUGGCAACUUUGGAAGUUAAACUGAAUAAGGAAGAUGAUAACAUGUUUGAUAUGGGGUGUGAUGGGGAACAAGAAGACCUUGGAAAUACUAAAUCUCCAAAAAGUAGGCCAAACAAAGAAGACGGAACUCCCAACGAGCAAGAUGACAAUGUGAAAGGAUUUGCAACUGUUGAUACAACUUUGGCUCCCUCUGUUGAAGUCAUCCAUGAGAGAAAACAUGCAAAACAACCUCAGAAUGAGAUAUGA